AUGCCUUCUCCGGCGCUCGGGAUACACAGCUCGUUGCUCGGAGUCUACAGCGCAGUAUUGUUCCUCCGUGACGCAGUGUUACUCACGUCAUCGUCGCUCAUUCUCAUCGCUUUCAUCGUCAUCGGAUACCGUCUGCUGCUUCAUCCCUUGGCCCGCAUACCUGGGCCCAGGCUGGCUGCUAUUUCGAAUGUAUGGCACGCUUACCAUGUGCGCAACGGACGCAUGCUUGCGUUGGGCAAGACGCUUCAUAAACGGUAUGGGCCGGUUGUGAGAGUUGGUCCGAACGAGGUGUGGUUUGACUCUGUAGAUGCAUUCAAGCAUAUUUAUCGAGCCGGCAGUGGUUAUGAAAAGUCCGAAUUUUAUUUGUCGACUGCCCUCCAAAGACCGGACAUUACUUUUACCCCCUUUCCGAAAUUUGCAUCCCCAGAUACACUAGACUUGCUCUCCGAACGUAACACGCAGCGAUACCGCUUGCAACGCCGUCUGAUCGGCCCCCUCUACCAGACGGCAUGUCUCAAACGGCACGAGCCAGCCCUCGACGCCGUAUUGGCUCGGGUCAUCGAAACCCUACGCUCUCUCGACGGCGCCGAAGUUGACCUCAAGGAAUGGAUGCACAUCAUUGCCGUCGAGUCGCUGUCAGCCGUCGUCCUGACCUGGUCACCAAACUACCUACGUGAUCACACAGACCAUGCCUCCAGCACCCACGGCUACCUCGGCUGGCGCCGCAAGUCCGUUUUCGGGCUAUUCCCCCUAGUCGUCAAAGCGGAGCUGUUUUCCAAAACUGUUGGCAGGAAAUUUGCGAAUCUGUGGCGUGUGACGUAUAAGACGCCCGAGAACUUUAAGCCCUUCUUCACGGGCGUCUACAGACAGGUCUCGCGGAGGGUUAAUGCUUCCCUCGCAAACAAACCGGUCUCGAAGAACGAUCGCAAGGACGAUUUCCUCGUGGAUCUGAUUCAGUUGCACAAGGACAGGCCAGAUUUCACGGAGCAAUACCUCCGUCGAAUGGCAAUCACCAAUUUCGGGGCCGGGCAUGAGACAAUGUGUUCCGCGCUGACGUCCAUCAUGUCCAUGAUCGGAUCCCACCCCGAAGUGCAACAGCGGAUUUCUGACGAAGUUUGCUCCGCGACGGACGAUCCCAAAGUUUAUGACAACGCCGUCCGUUUGGACUAUACUCAAGCAGCCAUCAAGGAGGCACAACGACUGUAUCCUGUCCUCGGGAUGUCCCUACCCCGCAUGGUACCCCCGGAAGGGCUCACAGUCCACGGAGAGACCUUUCCACCUGGGACAACAGUCGGCUGCAGCCCUGUCUCAUUACAUAGGAACACUCUAAUAUUCGGUCUAGACGCGGAAAAUUACAAUCCGGACCGCUGGCUGGACACGGAAAGAGACCUCAGGGCUAUGGAGCGGUUUAAUCUUACCUGGGGAGGGGGCGGAAGGAUGUGUCCCGGGAGGCACCUUGCGGAGCUGAUUGUGUACAAGACAAUACCCGCGCUGUUCGAACAUUUUGAUUUGGAGGUUCAGAUGCCACCCGAGGCUGAGAUAAAGUAUUACUUCAUGGCGAUGCUCACUGGCGUGAAAGCCAGAUUUUUGCCCAAGAAGACGCGUCAUCAAUAA